GCAACGUGCCUCUUUCCAGCCCCGACCCCUCCAAUCCCUCCCGGUAAAUCUCCAUCCCUCUACUGCUCAUCUCCCAUCGAGUUCAUCCAUACAUCACUUUGGUUCCAUGUCCUUCCCCAUCCACUACCAAAAAGAUCCCUGAAUCAAAAUGAAUCGAUUGCCCAGGACUGAUGCACGGCGAGGCAAAGUCGCCCCUAGAUCCCAUCCUCGAUCCAUCCGUGCUGGUGGGAUCUGUGGUUCGGUCGCCGGAGGUGAUGGAUCCCGUGCUCAACCUGAAGCCACAGGUGUUCCUCAAGCUGAUGGUGUUCAUCAAAUUGGUGCUUCUCUCGUUGCUGGAUGGUGGCCAACUUCAUCUCCUAGCGAAAGGUUAUACCCACCUGGAGGGUUCUCCAACUUUCUGCAAGGAAACCCAUUAGCUAACCAUCCUAAUGCAAAUGAAGAUUUUCAUUUUGUUGGGGCCGGAAUGAGUCAAUCUUCAGUUUCACCAAUUGACAUGGGUGUUACAAGGACUCCCUCUCCAGCAGAACAAACUAAUGAUAUGGUGGAAGAUUUAGAUGCAGAAGAAGAUGAUAUCUUUAAGGAGUCUAGAACCGACGAGCGUCUAAAUUGGUCGGUAUCUGAAGACAUACGAUUGACCAGUGCUUGGUUGCAUAAUUCAAAGGACCCAAUUGAUGGAAAUGGUAGGAAGGCAGAUUUUUAUUGGGCAGAUGUUACUGAAGAAUACAACAAGACAACAGAAACAAAUGUGAUGUUUCUCUUCUAAUUGCUUCUGGUGAAUGAGAUUGCUUCCGGGUGAAUGUGAUGUUUAUCUUGCCGGCUGAAUGGUGAUUUUUUUGGUUCAGUUGCUAGCUGAAUGGUUCUAUGCGUUCUGUUUAAGUUAUGUUGUUAGUGAUAAAAUUGAGAGGUGUAUAUUGGGUCACAUUGUUAUGCCACAGCUGAUCCAUUUUGUCUGUGCUAGUAAUAAAUGUCUUUAGCUAUAGAAACUACUAUUACAAACUUUGCACUGGGGAUUAUAAGUCUUGUGAUAGAGGUCGACG